UUUUUCCUCUCUUGAGUGUUUUAAACAGAGUCUUGUCUCUGUGUAUUUUAGUGUUGAUGAUGAUAAGAUGGAUGUGAUUUGCUGUAAAUCAGGAACUGAUCAGGGCUUACAGGAUGAGGAAUCUACUGAUCAAACCUCCACAGAGUCUCUGGAUUCUGUCUGUAAUGCUGAAGAACAGCAGCAGAUCCUGCACACCAAACUCAACAUGUGUUCAGUCAAACUCAUCGACUUCAGGAACUUCAUGAUGAAGAUCAAAAUUGAACCCACAGAAAUGAAAACUGAACCUACAGCAGAUGAAUAUAAAGACAAAGACAGUGGUUGUCAUGAUUUUAUUCCGUCAGAUGUAAAGAGUGAAUUAUGUUUGGAUGGAGAGAUAACGUCCUCGACUCUUUCCUGCAUCACCGGUGGAGAGACAUUGAGCUCACAGAGACAUUUAGAGAGAAAACACACAGAACAGAAACAUCAUCUAAAGAAACACGCCAAUGAGAGACCAUAUCAGUGGCGUGAAUGUGGAAAAACCUUUAGGAAUGCAAGGUUAUUAAAAUCACACCAGAAUAUUCACUCUGAAGAGAAACCUUUUCAAUGUUCACACUGUGAAAAACAUUUCAGUCAUAAAUCUCAUCUGAUAGCCCAUGAGAGAAUUCACACUGGAGAGAAACCUCAUCGCUGUAAUGUUUGUGGGAAGAGAUUUAAUCAAUGUAAAUAUUUAGUGAUUCACCAAAGAAUUCAUACAGGUGAAAAACCUUACAAAUGCUCUCUGUGUGAGAAGACGUUUGCUCAGUCAACUUCCUUAAAAGCCCAUCAGAGAAUUCAUACUGGAGAGAAACCUUACAAAUGCUCUCAUUGUGAGAAGACGUUUACUCAGUCAGGUCACUUAAAAGCCCAUGAGAGACUUCAUUCUGGAGAGAAACCCUACCAAUGCUCUCAGUGUGGAAUGAGCUUCACUAAUUUAAAUUCUUUUAGAGUUCAUCAGAGACUUCAUACUGGUGAAAAACCUUACAAAUGCUCUCAUUGUGAGAAGACUUUUACUCAGUCAGGUCAAUUAAAGUCCCAUGAGAGACUUCAUACUGGAGAGAAACCUUAUAUCUGCUUGAUCUGUGGAGAGAGAUUUGCUCAUUCUGGAAGUCUUAAGCAUCAUCAGAAGAAACAUACUGAAGAUCAAACUACACUGAAAUCAUCAUAGUGUCAUGAAGUCUUUAAACACUGACCGUGUAUAUUCGGUGCAAAUGUUUGACGUGAUAACACACUAGAACAAAAACAAUUGAUUUCUAUGAAUGACUUUACAUUGACAUCAGUGUAGUUCUCAUUGCCAGAGAACAUUUUUAAACUCUAUCAUUGUUUACUAUUAAGGGUUUUUGUAGGAUUGAUCAGUUUAUUAUAUUGCUUGAAUUGGACUUUGAAUUAUUUCGUAUUAUUGCCAUUUCUGCUAAUUGAUUUAGUUAAAUUGAUUUUUGAAUUAUCAUGUCCCACCCAGCACAAGACAUGAUUUAGGCUGUGUUAAUUGGGCUAAAUCAAGUCAGCCCGUCAUGGCCUUCAUUUAGCACAAAAAUAAACAUUGAAUAUUGGUC